CGAGAUCUCCCCGAGAUUGCUGACCUGGCCCUGUUGCUUGAAGUCGAACAGCUCGUCGAAACUGAACCGUAAGCUCUUCGCCCCUGUGCACUCCCACCACGUAGACAUCCGAAGAAAAGCGUCUCAGCCCCUGGCUCUAAAGAAAGCUCUCGCGAGUCCCCACAAAAUCCAUCAACAUGCCGAUCAAUCUCGCAGAGGCAUCCAAACUCAACCGCCCAUACACGGAAGCGGACCCAAACAACUACUCGUCGUACCAACGGGAGUUGUAUAGCUCGUUGCGAGCACCCAUUUUCUCGACCAAGCCGUCAGAAUGGGAGUCGUUGGCUCGUGCCAAAGUACCGGCGCCCAAUUUUGGGUAUGUGUUUGGUGCGGCUAGCAGCGGAAAGACACAUGCGGCCAAUUUGUCCGCGUUUGAUCGAUACCGACUACGACCAUCGAUGCUGGUGAAUGCGACGCUUCGAGACGUAAGCGUCGACUUAUUCGGGAAACGAUUUCCCAGUCCAUUGCUGGUGGCUCCCGUUGGGGUGCAGAACAUCAUGCACCGUGAUGCCGAGGAGGCGACGGCCAAGGCGGCGCGCAAGCUGAACAUACCCUAUAUCUUAUCUUCAGCAUCGACCCGUACAAUUGAGCAGGUGGCAGCAGCGAAUGGCGAGGGAGGCGACAGGUGGUAUCAACUGUACUGGCCACGACCGCAAUACGAGGAUGUCACGGCCAGUCUCCUCGCCCGUGCAAAGGAGAAUGGGUACACCGUUCUGGUCGUGACCUUGGACACCUUCAGCCUGGCCUGGCGACCGACGGAUCUCGAUACGAGCUAUUUGCCCUUCAUCUGGGGCGAUGGAUGCCAGAUUGGACAUUCUGACCCUGUUUUCAACGCUCGACUAGAGGAAAGGUUGAAGAACGAUACCCGCACCACAAAGGAGAAGCUGAGUCAAUUGUGGAGCACAAUGCUGCGCCCAGGAACGGUCUUUGGUGCUGCCAGAGUGCUCAGGAAUAUCACCAUCUUGCAGAAAUCACAGGCUUGGUUUGAGGUCCUUAACUCGGCCACAUAUCGCGAGUGGGAGCACCUCGAGAUCUUGAAAAAAUUGUGGGACGGUCCGAUUGUUCUCAAGGGCAUUCAGACCGUCGAGGAUGCUCAUCGAGCGCUCGACUACGGCAUGGAUGGCAUUGUUGUGUCGAAUCAUGGCGGUCGUCAGGUCGAUGGGGCAAUUGCGUCGCUGGAUGCAUUGGCUGAGAUCGGUGCUGAUGAUCGCGUCAGGAAGUCGAAUCUGACCGUUCUCUUCGACAGUGGCAUUAGGACCGGCAGUGAUGUCUUGAAGGCUCUGGCCUUGGGUGCAAAGGCCGUCUUAAUCGGACGUCCCUUUAUGUAUGGCCUUGCUCUCGGUGGCCAGGCCGGUGUCGAACAUGUCUUCAAGUGUAUCCUUGCUGACACGGACAACAUGUUAGGCAACAUGGGGAAGAAGAGUAUCAGAGAUCUAAGCAGGUUUGACUUGCAGGAUACAUCGAAAGCUAAGCUGUGAAAAGUGACUAGGGAAUCAUGAGGAGAGUCGUGGUAUUGAAACAGACAUGGUACGUACCAUGGCAUAUCGCUGGUGAUGAUGCUGGUGCCAGUCACGGGGCUGGUCACGGGGUCCCCG